AUGUCUUCAUCGCUAUUAUACCCCUCCGCUUCGUCGUCGCGACUGUGCCCCUUCCUCUCCCGUAUCCACCACUGUCAUAGGAGCACAUACAACCAGCUAUUGCGAUCGCUAACAAUAUCUCAACCUGCCUUCCAAUACUCCGCCGCCCCCUACUCAACCACCUCCGCCCCGACUGCUUCUACCAUCGCUUCCAACUUCCUCUCCCGCUUCCAAUCUCUCGGCCCCCAAACCCGCACCCAGAUCCUCGACGCGAACCAACUCCAACUCCUUUCCCUCACCCUCAACCGCAACUCUCUCUACCCGGGAAGCCCAGCACUCUCCAACGCGAGACCCCCAGAAGCCGGCACCCCCAUCCCCCCUGGCCACCACCUGGUAUACUUCACACCCACGUUCCUGGAAGGCGAGCUGGGUGCCGAUGGCACUGAUGCGUCAUAUAACCCUGAAGCGCCGUUCACAAGGCGCAUGUGGGCUGGCGGAGAGGUCCGAUGGCCACGGGGGCGUGAUGGCAGGGUGAAUUUGCUGAGGGUGGGGCAGGAGGUGCGGGAGACGACGCGGAUGUUGAGUGCGGAGGCUAAGGUUGUGAGGAAGACUGGGGAGGAGAUGGUGGUUGUUGGGGUAGAGAAGGUAUUUGAGAAUGAGAAUGGGGUUGCGGUUGUAGAUCGAAGAAACUGGGUAUUCCGAGAAGCACUCAAGCACGACCCCUCAACCCAAGCGGCACCAGUGUCAUUCGACAACGCCCCUCCCGCCGUCUCCAACACCCGCAAAUCAACCGCACCCCCAACCUUCUCAACCUCGAAAGAAAACAACACCGUCACCCAUACCCGCACCCUCUGCCAAUCGGCCGUAACACUCUUCCGCUUCUCAGCCCUGACAUUCAACGGACACAAAAUCCAUUACUCAUUACCCUGGGCACAAGAAGUCGAGGGACACCCCGGUCUAGUUGUGCACGGGCCCCUUAAUCUCAUUUCCAUCCUGGACCUCUGGCGGGAUGUACGGGCAGCGCAGAAGGGGAAUCAGGGCGCCGCCGUGGGUCAGGUCAUGGUUCCUGAGGGUAUUGUGUAUAGGGCGACAAGCCCGCUUUAUGCGGAGGAGGAAUAUAGGAUUGUUCUUGAAGAAGCGGAGGGUGGGGGAGAUGGAGGGAACGUGAAUAUUUAUAGUCCUGCGGGAGCUGUAGCGAUGAAGGCGGAGAUUACUGCGUAG